AUGGAUGCUCAUGUCAAGAGGCGGACUUCUGAAGAGGUUGUUGCAGAAAGGCACGGUAAAGGUCCCCAACAAACUACAAUGGAGAACCGUAUGAGAUCAGAGGAGGAAAGAGAUAAACUUCGUUCUUACUUUGCAAGGUGGGCUUAUGAAAGCGGUGUUCCAUUCAAUGCCUUGAGGCUAAGGGGCUUUGAGGAGUUGGUUGAGGCAAUUGGACAGUAUGGGCCAGGUUUCAAGCCCCCUUCAUUUCAUGAUUAUAGGGUUCCUCUAUUGAAGUCUGAGAAGGAAAAAAUUGAUGAAAUAAAAAAGAAACACACAAUCUCUUGGAAGAAAGGGUGCACUCUCAUGUUUGAUGGGUGGACAGACAAGAAAGGAAGGCACUUAAUUAAUUUUCUUGUCAACAGUACAGAGGGGACAUUCUUUUUGGGGCCUGUGGAUGCAUCAAGUCAAAUACAAGAUGCGAAAAUGUUAUUUGAGUUCCUUGAUAAUAAGAUUGAGGAGAUUGGAGAGGAGAAUGUGGUUCAAGUGGUCACUGAUAAUGCUUCCAAUUAUGUUGCUGCUGGAAGGCAUACUCGCUUUCUUGAAGCUAUGAGGGUACAUACAAGAGGAGCAGACUUAGUGAGGGCUGGAGCAACCAAAUUUGCAUCUUCAUUUUUAACACUUCAAAGCUUAUUGAAACAUAAGGAUAAUUUGAGGAAAUUAUUUCUUUUUGAUCACUGGGACAAUUCUAAGUUGUCACAUACAAAGGCAGGGAAGCAAAUUGUUGAAAUAAUUCUUUCCACACCUUUCUGGAAUGGUGUGCAAGAUUGCUUGAGAGCAUCAUUGCCUCUUAUUCAAGUAUUGAGGAUAGUAGAUGGAGAUGAGAGGCCUGCAUUGCCUGAAGUAUAUAUUGCAAUGGAAGAGGAAUCAGAUGAAUCUAUAGUCAACUCCUUGAUGCAUAAAGCAAAUGAUGCCUUUAAUGAUAUUCUUACAAGGAUGGUGCCUGAUACAACCUUACAAGACAAGAUCAGUGCACAAUCUGCUGCUUAUACUGGAAGUAAUGGAAGUUGCAAAGGAGAUGUCGUUUGGUGGGAAAAACAUAGAAGCUCUACACCUGAGCUUACAAAGCUUGCAAGGCGCUUACUUGGCCUUUGUUGCUCAUCCUCUGGUUGUGAGCACAAUUGGAGCAUAUUUGAGUUUAUUCACACCAAGAAGAUGAAUAGGUUAGAGCAUCAACGUUUAAAUGAUCUUGUCUACAUCCAGUAUAAUCUCCGUCUUCAAAUAAGGUUCCAAGAGAAAGGGAACAAUCCAGAAAUUCUAAUCCAUUGGUGCUUGAUGAUCUAG